UGGCGCAGGUGCGGUCCCAGGUGCGGCCCCAGGUACGGCCGCAGGUGCGGCUCUAUCCCCUCGGGCUUUGAACGCCACAGCCCGACGUGCCGUCGAGGAGUAUCCCAGGGCCAUCUGGAGGCCAGCAGGAUGCAUUAUCCAAGGCUGCAGCGGACCGAGGUGAUCCUGGCGGUGGCCCUGGUGACCGUCACCCUCCUGCUGCUCUAUUGCCUGCACCAGGAGCCCUUGACCUGUGUGACGGGAGGGGAGAUGUCGCGUGAGGAUGUGGACCUAUGGCUGCCCGAGGUGGGGCCGGCCCCGUCGUGGGGGUCCCCGCCCCCGCCCUGCCAUGCCAACAUGUCGAUGGCAGCGCUGCCUAACUUCACGAAGCUGCCAGCGCAGGUGCAGGACUUCCUGCUGCACCGCCACUGCCGCGCCUUCCCCCUGCUGCAAGCGCCCGCGCCCGCCAAGUGCCAGCCGGCCCCGUUCCUGCUCCUGGCCAUCAAGUCAUCGCCUGCCAACUAUGAGCGGCGGGAGGCGGUGCGGCGCACGUGGGGGCGCGAGCGCUCGGUGCGGGGGGCCACCCUGCGCCGCCUCUUCCUGCUGGGCACCGAGCGAGACCCGCACGAGGCCCGCAAGGUGGACCAGCUGCUGGCCCUGGAAGCGCGCACCCACGGCGACAUCCUGCAGUGGGACUUUCACGACACUUUCUUCAACCUGACGCUCAAGCAGGUCCUCUUCCUGGAGUGGCAGAGCACACAGUGCCCCCUGGCCAGCUUUCAGUUCAAUGGGGACGACGACGUCUUCGCUCACACGGACAACAUGGUGGCGUUCCUGCAAGGCCACGACCCCGACCGCCACCUAUUCACGGGGCAACUCAUCCAGAACGUGGGCCCCAUCCGGGUGCCCUGGAGCAAGUACUACGUGCCACGGGAGGUGACGGCCAAUGAGCAGUACCCGCCCUACUGUGGCGGUGGUGGCUUCCUACUCUCACGCUUCACGGCCGAUGCCCUGCUCCGCGGCGCGGGCGCCCUGCAGCUCUUCCCCAUCGACGAUGUCUUCCUGGGCAUGUGCCUGCAGCACGAGGGGCUGCUGCCCACCUCACAUUCGGGCAUCCGCACAGUCGGCGUGCAUUCGCCCACCCGCAGCCGCUCCUCCUUCGACCCCUGCUUCUACCGCCACCUGCUGCUGGUGCACCGCUUCCUGCCCUACGAGAUGCUGCUCAUGUGGGAGGCGCUGCACCGGCCACUCCCGGACUGCGGCAAGAAGGUGCGGAUUGACUGAGGGGCCGCGGCGCCCUCCGACCCAGAGGAGCUGAGAUCCUGUCCUGUGUGGACUGGGCACUGGUGCUGGGGAGAGUUGGAGGAUGCAUGGGGCCAGCCAGAGAACUCCUACACAUCCUUCAAAACCCACCUCGUGCUGUGUCCACAGUAAUCUCGGGUGGAUGGGCCCUGGUGCUUGCCCUGACAGCACCACUCUGGGCAGGAGCACUUUACUGGGGAGGUUUUUCUGCUUAUUUUCUUCUUGGGUUUUUUUUUGGGGGGUUGAGGGCCACACCUGGGGGUGCUCAGGGCUGAACUCUUACUCCUGGCUCUGUGCUCACCCCUGGUAAGGCUUAGGGGACCCUGAGCAGUGUGGCCCGUGCUGUCUCUUCAGCUCCAGAGAGCAGGUUUCAUUUACUUGGGGCACCGGCAUGCACCCCUGAGCCUCAUGCCAGGUGGGCCAGUGCUCAGGGCCUAGCUGCUGUCACACUGGCCCCCCACAAAUUCAGGGUCCCACACGAGUGACCCUGUGGUGCUUUGUCUGACAGAUUCUUGGGGCCCAUUCCCAUCUCGCACCAACAUCGAUCUUUCAUGAGCUACUGGGCCACCAUCUGCUGUUGCCAAAUAUUUUUUGUGUUUUUGAGGAUCCCACCUGGCCACCCUCAGGGCUGCUUAGCUGCUCUGAACUUGGGGAUCACUCCCAGUGGUACUCAGGGGGAAACCCACGGUCCUUGAACCGGGGUCUCCCCAUGCAAUGCUGGGCACAUUGAACCAUCCCCAUGCUGGGCGGGUCCCCCACCCCUAUCACCUGCCAGCAGCCAGCCCCAUCCUGGGCGUGUGGCACUCCAGGUCCUCGGGGGGUUGUGCAGUGCUGAGAUCAAGCCUGGGGCCCCGUGUGCUGCCUGGCGCUGGGACAGUGGGACUCACCCCAGAACACAGGAGUGACACCCCUCCCCCAUUCUGGCCAGAGAAGUGGGGUUCAGGUUCUGGAGCACCUCUAACUCUCAGCACCCAAGAUCAGCCCUCAUUUGUUCAUUUGUGUGACUUUCAGAUUAGAGGGUUCUGUGUCGGCCGGUGCCGCCCCCCGCCCCGUCUUGUAGCCUGCUGGAAGGUGUGUAUGUAGAAUUUA